ACCUGCCAUCAUCCUCACCUGAUGCACAGCACAUCCCCCCUUGCAUCGCUCCGGCCUGCUCGCGGCGAAGUGUUGGAGCGUGCCCGUGAGCUGUUCGACCUCAUCAAAACUAGGGAGGCCUACGACAAUGCGGUGCAGCAGCGAGGUGCGGAAGCCCUCGAGGCCAAGAUCUGCGCCACUGUGACCGACAUCUGCCGUCUGGUGUCAUCUAGGGUGUCAUCGGCUGGUGGUCGUGCCGGUAUUCGAUUCAGCGGGUUGCACCAGCUGGCCCAGCUGAUAGCCCUCCCCUGGCCCAGAAAUGGGUCGAUAGCCAAGAAGGCCGUCAACGCUGAUGGCGUCCUCCCUGUGCUGAUGACGCUGAUGGCGGACUCCAGCCACACAUCCAACCACCAGAUCCAGCGCGAGGCAGUGCGGGUUCUGGGCAACAUCUCAUGGCGCCCUGAGCACGCUGAUGCGGUGGUCGGCGCGGGGGCCAUCCCUCCCCUGGUGCAGCUCGUGUCGUCGCCCCACGACGACCUGCGCGAGAUGGCCAUGCAGGUGCUCGACAGACUUGCGGACGCCUCGCCAGUGGCCCGCGAUUCGGUCCUGGAGGGAGGUGUCAUGGAGCCGCUGCUGACGGUGGUGCGCAGCACGACGACCACAGCGGUGCUCCGCAGCGGCGUGUCGCUGGUCUUCGCCCUGUGUGGUGGCGAGUCCGCCAUUUUUGGCGAAGGGACUCCUCCAGCGGUGGCGCUGGUGUCCGAGUGCCUCCCCGUGCUGGCGGAAGUCGUGGGCGCACCUGGCCAGGACGAAGACGUGUUGUCUUCGGCGGUGUUCGCGUUGCAGUGCCUGAGUGAGGGGGGCUAUCACCAUGCCGAUGCCGUGGUGGUGAGUGGGGUUUGCGGCCGCAUGGUAGAGCUCGCGACGCAGAGCACCGUUCGCGAUCCCAUUCGAGUGACGGUCAUGAGAUUCCUGGCUAACACAGCAGCAGGUCAGCACAAGAAAUGCAACAGAACAGGGAGGGUUGUGAAUCGUUGCGGCAUGUGCGUGCAGGUCCCGAUGACCAUCGCGGUGCGCUGAUCGAGUGUGGCGUCAUUCCCAUGAUCAAGACCGUGCUGCAGGCAUACCCUGAAGGCGGCACAUGGCAGUACGAAAUCGCGGAGAUGGCGUGCUGGACGGUAUCGACAAUCUGUGCGGGUACGCAAAAGAGGAGUGAAAAUUAAGUAUUCUCUAGGUGUGGCGCUCAUUGUGUCUAGGCACGGUUGCGCACAUCCAGGCGGUGUUGGAUGAGGGCAUUGUGCCUUUGCUGGUCAACAUACUGUCGGAUGGUGGAUCACAUGAGGAUUCCAUGCAUUGGCGCGUGAGGUUUGUAGCGGCGAACGCCAUCGAGCGGGCGGCAGACGAAGGAUCGCAGCAGCAGGUCUGUAACAAACCAACAGACAGUCAUCAAGUCAUCGGGUCUUCCUCAUUGUUCUGUGUACACGUGUGCGAGUGCGGAUUCAGGUUCAGUAUGUGAUCGAGUGUGGGUGCAUUCAGCCUCUGUGCGACAUGCUCCACCGUGUGUCCGCCAUUUCUGCCAUCAACAGCAUACUAUGGUGAGGAGAGAGAGAGAGAGAGAGAGAAGAUCGGAAGCACAAGUGGUUGCUCCUGCUGGACAGGGCGGGACUGCGGAAGCAGCAGGCGGAGGGCCUCGCCACCAACCCCUACUCCACACUGGUCGAACAGGUGAGUGGCGGAUGGACAGAAAGGUCCACGUAGACACGGCAUUUGCCCCUCGAUCAGGCUGGCGGCGUGACGAAGCUCGUUGAGCUGCAGAGGAACGACAAUCACAACACCUCCAUGGCGGUACGAUGCACACCCUCACACAGCCACACCGAUAGCAAACGAGACACGAAAAGGACAAGACACCAAAAGCAGAUUUGUUGUUCUCUCUGACUCACUCAGUCGAUGGAGGUUUUGUUUCAUCACUUCCCACACCGUGUCGACAUGCAGCAAGGCGUAGACGAUGAGAGUGAUGGAUUGGCUGACCUCGACACAGACGUCGGCCUGGACGGAGAGGAGGAUAGGGAGGAGAGGGGCGAGGAGGAGGGCGGCUAGUCUACCUGCAUAGACAGACAGACAGACAGACGUCGACAGACAGACAUGCAUGCGUAGGGAGACACGCAGGGUGGAUGGGUGGCUGU